UUUCACUGUGCAACGCCACCUCCCCCAAAGUUCCAUAACCCCUAAUACCCACCGCUCUCUUCUCUCUGAUCUCGCCACUCUCCCUCAAGUUCAUUGAGUCUCACCUCUCUCACGGCUGGUGUCGCCGUCGCCCUAUCUGUCUCCGGUAUCUCGAAUCUCUCGCGAUCGUUUCGAACUCAAGCUCGUCGCCGCCUCAAGCUCGCCGCGCUCUGUCUCCAUCGCAAGAUCUGUUGCGCUUUGUCACCAUCGCAAGCUCUGUCGUGCUCUGUCACCGUCAACGCUUCUUGCUUCGGCCGUCAACGCUCCUUGCAGAUCGAUCUCCUCCUCAUUCUUCACUUUGCCAUGGCCUUUUGCCGAUCGCCUUCGUCUUCUUCUUCUUCCUCUGAUUCUUCAUCCUCGUCUUCCUCGCCGUUUGAGUCUUCCAACAGUGCAAAGUUCUGGAUCCUCCAUGGCAUUAUGGCCGGAGUUGCAGUUGCUGCUGCGGUCAGUGCUCGCGCCUACUGGACUCGGGUCAAGAAAUUCCGGAACCGGGUUGUCGGCAUCAUACCCGCCCGAUUUGCUUCUACCCGGUUUCAGGGAAAGCCUCUCGUUGAGAUUCUUGGUAAACCUAUGAUCCAGAGGACAUGGGAAAGGGCAAAGCUGGCAGCCACGUUGGAUCAAGUUGUUGUGGCAACUGAUGAUGAAAAGAUUGCUGAGUGCUGUCGAAAGUUUGGAGCUGAUGUUGUAAUGACAUCUGAGUCUUGUCGAAAUGGUACUGAGCGCUGCAGUGAAGCCCUAGAGAAGCUUGGUAAAAACUAUGAUAUUGUUGUCAACAUUCAGGGUGAUGAACCUCUUAUUGAACCUGAAAUAAUUGAUGGCAUUGUCAAAGCUUUGCAGGCAACUCCAGAUGCGGUGUUCAGUACUGCAGUCACAUCUUUAAAGCCAGAAGAUGCACUUGAUCCGAAUAGAGUGAAAUGUGUCGUAGAUAAUCGUGGUUAUGCUAUCUAUUUUUCACGAGGAUUGAUCCCAUUCAACAAGUCGGGAAAAGUCAAUCAACAAUUUCCUUAUUUGCUUCAUCUGGGGAUACAGAGCUAUGAUACAAAGUUUCUGAAGAUAUAUCCAGAUCUUCAGCCUACUCCAUUGCAACUCGAGGAAGAUUUGGAACAGCUUAAAGUUCUCGAGAACGGCUAUAAGAUGAAGGUAAUAAAAGUUAACCACGAGGCCCAUGGUGUUGACAUUCCAGAAGAUGUUCAAAAGAUAGAAUCUCUAAUGCGUGAGAGGAACUUGUCUUGAACUCUUGGUUAUGACUAUGAAACUUCCUGAAAACUAACCACUAAAAUCAUCAAGUUUGGAAUUAAAUUUUGUUCUUAUUCGUUUUCCUAAUAGUCAUGCUUGUUUCUAUCCACACAAACUGUGUUCUGUAAUGUAUGUUCACUUGUGAAGUUUGUUCUGUUUUAAUCCAGUGGUAUUUAUAACAUGGAAAGUUGAGUUAUACAUAGAUUGUGGUGCACAGAUACCACUUCAGGAAAAAAAGUUGUACGGGGAUUACUUGGUUGGUGCAUCAAUUUUUGUUGUUGGUUUUUGAUUCAUUUUAUUUCCCCAAAAAUGUUGAACUAAUUUUUAUUUAGAAACUGGUUGUCUGUGCAUAGCUCUCCUGGUAAGGAUUAUAUUUACCUCGCGUUUCAAAUUAGACUCAAAUUUUAAUUGACCUAAUUAGGAUCCCAAAUUAUGAUUAAUGACUCGUGACUGUUCUUUAUAUUGAUCUCCAUUGAUGGCGUGUUGAUUUGGCAUGUUAAAUUGACAUAUUCUGCCCAAUGUAGCUUAACACUAGUCAUAUCAGAAGGGCAAAUGGUGAUGAUCAACAUUGUUUUUGGAUUCGGAUAUCUCAACUAUGUCUUGUUCCUCCUCACCAUCUGUCCAAACAAAAGACUACACCAUCUUCCUAAUUUCUGUCACAUCAAAAAAGAAAAAAUUAAAAUUAAAAGUUACCAAAAGAAGAAUCCUAAUCCUCCUUCAGCUUUGUUAUUGCUUAUCUUCAACUUUUUCAGUGUACUCCUUUCUCUUUGCAGCUAAAGUCCACCAGAAUUUUGCUGUUUGAAAUGGCAAAAACCUUUUGGAAACAUCACCAGAUUUAUUGCAUAAGCUGGGAUAGCUUGAAUAAGAAAUUUUAUUAAAACUUCUUUUCCUACUGAGCUGGGAGCCUCAAAAUAUUUUCUCAAUAUCCACCCUGGUCUGGAUCACAACUUGAUUUCCAAAUGUUAUUCCUGAUUACUCAAAAUUAUCCUUAUGCUUCUGUGUAUUGAUGAAGAAUGAGAAAUAUCUGGUACAACUCUUUCUCUUUAGCCUUUGCAAAGUUUAUGUAGUCAUCUGCGAAAUGGAGGUGUGAGAUAACUUGAGCCGAGGGGGCAAUGUGAAACCCUGUUAUUCUUUCAUCACUUAGCGCUUCCUCCACCGGAACAAUUAGAACCUCCGACCCUACAAUGAAACAAUACGGUGGUGAUAAGGGAUCCCCUUAUCUCAACUUCUUUGCAAAAUGAUAACCUUGUAUAGAUUUCCAACUGUUCUGAAAGCCAAAGGCCAUUAUGAUAAGACUCUUUUAUUC